CAUAAAAAAUAUGGGUGAAAGCCGAGAUGAAAAAAUCAGUGUGAGGCCUAUAAAAGUGGAAGACAUAGAUGAUUUCAUGGCGUGGGCAAGUGAUGAAAGAGUUGCCCAUUUCUGCACUUGGGAUUCCUACACUUCACGAGAUGAAGCACUCCACUUCCUCACCAACAACGCCAUCCCCCACCCCUGGUACCGAGCCAUCUGCGCCGGAGAUCGAGCAGUGGGCUCGAUCUCCGUCACGCCCGGCUCUGGCACCCGGAGCUCCACGGCGGAGCUCGGCUACGUGUUGGCGUACGAGUACUGGGGGAAAGGGAUUGCGACGGAGGCGGUGAGGAUUGUGGGCUCCACCAUAUUCCGAGAGUGGCCGCUGCUGCAGAGGGUGGAGGCCUUUGUGGACGCCGAGAAUGGAAGGUCCCAGAAGGUUCUAGAGAAGGCUGGAUUUGUGAGGGAAGGCUUGCUCAGGAAGUAUGAUGUUGUCAAGGGGAAACCUAGAGAUCCGGAUUGCUUGUGCGAGGCUAUCACUAUCAGCAACACCCAAACUGUAUUGGUGAGGCUCACAUUCAGCUACUGCAACACCCCACUCCCCUCUCCCAGCCUAUGCGAGAGCGACAACGACAACGACAACGAGACUGCUCAACUAGCUCCGGCCGAUUCUCAACUAAGCUCAUCUGACUUUCAAAAUGUUGAUGCCAAGGACCAACUUCAAUUCAAAUAAUUAUGUUUUCCUUCUUGCCUUGUAUUUUUGUGUUUAAAUUUGUUGUACACUAUUUUGCCACUUUCUUCUCUUGCUAAUAAAACUUACUGUAUUCAUC